AUGGUUCAAGUUCAACUAAAUAAGCCUGGAGAAGCAUCUAUCAAGCCAGAGUACCGCAAGGACCGUUGGUUUGACGAUGAUAGAGCAGAGCAAAUCGCUGAAGCACCCAUCAAUGACGAUGCUGCUGAAGGUGGACCCUCAGAAAAGCAAAACGGCAAGAAAUCCAAGAAUGUCCGUGGUGCUAAUAAGGGUCAACGAGGAAAGAAGAGAAUCGAGGACAGCUUAAAGCUCUGCAAAGCUACAUCCCGCGGUGAGGAGUGUGUAUUUGGCGAAAAAUUCACCCAUGAUUUGGAUGCUUAUUUGAAGAUCAAAGGGGAAGACCUUGGUGAUAGAUGUGUCCAGUUUGACCUUUUUGGAAAGUGUUCCUACGGUUAUAAAUGUCGAUUCCUCAAGGCACAUGUUGAUAAAGACAACAAAUUGAUCGUUGAUGAAGCCAAGGUUGCCGAGAACCCUGUAUAUACUGUCAAUGGUAUCAGCAGUGAUGUGCAAACCAAGCUUCUCAAAAACAGAUACGAGUUCCCCAGAUCAGAAGCGUAUCUGUUGCAAGUUCAGAAAGAGAUUGAAGAGGAGCAAAGCAUGAAGGAUUCAAACACUUUAAAGAGAAAACAAUUAGAUGACCCCGAGCUGCUUGCUGCGCCAUCUGAUAAGAAAUCUAAGCCUGAAGAAAGCGACAGUGAAAAUGAGGAAUUUUUCGAUGCUGCCAAUGAGUUUACCAAUGUUCAAAAGGAGUCUGCUGCUCCUGCACCUGUCGAAAAGCCAAUUGGUCCUAUCGACACUGGCUACAAGAAGAUUAUCGACUUUAGAAACAAGACUUACCUUGCACCAUUAACCACUGUUGGUAAUCUGCCUUUCCGUAGAGUGUGUAAGGAAUUUGGUGUCGAUAUCACUUGCGGUGAAAUGGCAUUAGCAGCUAAUUUAUUGAGAGGUCAACAAUCCGAGUGGGCAUUGACAAAGCGCCAUAAGUCAGAGGAUAUUUUUGGUAUCCAAAUCUGUGGUUCUAAAGUGGAUCAAGUAACCAAAGCUUGUGAAGUUUUGAACAAGGAGGCUGAUGUCGAUUUUAUUGAUUUAAACAUGGGCUGUCCCAUCGAUCUUGUCUUUAAACAGGGCGCUGGUUCAGCUUUGUUGGAAGCGAGAGGCCGUAUGUACAAGAUCUUGAAGGGUAUGAAGACUGUCACCGAUAUUCCUAUCACUGCCAAAUACAGAAUGGGUAUCAAGGACGCCUAUCCUGUUGCUGAUCGUAUUGUGCCUCGUCUCGACGAAAUAGGUAUUGCAUUGAGUACUAUCCACGGUCGCUCUCGUACUCAAAGAUACACUAGAAAAGCAGAUUGGGACUAUAUUGGCAAGAUGAAAAACUUGACACAUACAAUGCCUCUCUACGGUAAUGGUGAUAUUAUGAGUUUUGAGGAUUACAACCACGAUAUUCAAGUCAGUGGUGUGGAUGGCGUCAUGAUUGGUAGAGGUGCUUUGAUCAAGCCAUGGAUAUUUGAUGAGAUCAAAAACCAACGCCAUUGGGAUAUCUCUGCUAAUGAGCGUCUUGAUAUGAUGAAGCGUUUCUGUGAUUAUGGUUUAGAACACUGGGGCACAGAUAGUCAAGGUUUGAACACAACGAGACGUUUCCUCUGUGAAUGGCAAUCCUUCCUGUAUAGAUAUAUUCCUGUCGGUAUUUUGGAGCAUCCUCCUCAACAUAUGAAUGAAAGGCCUCCUCCUUAUCAAGGUCGUAAUGAUCUUGAAACGUUGAUGGCUAGUCCUCUAGCUUCAGAUUGGGUCAAGAUUAGUGAACUAUUGUUGGGUCCUGCUCCUGACGAUUUCGUCUUUUUGCCAAAACACAAGGCCAAUUCUUUCGAGAAGAUCGAGGUAGAGUAG